AUGGCAGCGAGGGCACACCGAGCCCGAACCGCCCCGGCCGGCCCAAACCGGCCCGUAAAGCCUCGCCGCCAAGCUCGCAACGAGCCGGCCGUAGCGCCGCCACCACCCAUCCACCGCCGCCACACCAUCUCCGUCGCCGGGAGCACCGCCGCGCGCCGUAGACGCAGGCAGCCCGCCCAGCCCAUCCGGGCCCCGCUCGGCGAGAUCCGGGCCGAGCAGACCCGCCCGCCUUCGCAACCCCGCCGUCCCUCCUCCCACCCGCCGCGCCGGACCGCCGCCGCCGAGCAGCACCGCGCCGCCAAGGAGCCCCCGCCGCGGGUAGAGUCAGCUCACGCCGCCGCCGGGCACCGCGCGGCAACGCCCGGCGGCCCACGCCGGCGGCGACGGCCGGGGAGAGGAAGGGGAGGAGGACUGGGAGUUGGCGACGGCUAG